CGCCCACUUGCACCCUGCCCUUUCAACCCUUUCCAGUCUCACGCCCAGCACACUGUGACUGGAACUGGUGGGGGCGUGGCGUGGCUUCCAGAACGCCCUCUUGCUCGGCUCCUCAGGCCUCGCAGAGGGAUCUUCGCGCUCAAAGGAUUCGCAUCCAUACCAAGCCCGGGUUGGGAACGUGGAAGAAGAUGUGGGGUUCCAGCAGAGACUUGUGUUCCCCUGAACAGCCCAGAGCCAGUUCACUGAGUCCCAGUGACAGGAAGCAAAGGAAAAACCACACCAGCAAACUGCAAGAGCUGGCACUGCUGCUACCUGUGGCCCUGAAAACUGGCAGCAAGAAGCUCACCAAGAAGGAGAUUCUGCUGCGUGUCCUGCACUACAUUCAGUACCUCCAGAGAAGCAUUGAUGUGGCCAAGGCCUUGCUCAAAUUCCACACCAGUGAUGGGGAAGAUGGACUUGGGGGGCUGGGUCGGAACCCAGGCUCGGGCCCAGCCAGGCGGAGACACUCCACCCCUUCCAGCUCCCCUCGCUGUCGGAAGUCCCGUCUUCGGGGGGCCUGCCAGAAACCUCGGAAGAAAAAGCUGUCCAGAGUACCAGAACGCCAGACUCGGGCCCAGAGGCCUCGCCGCUCUCUGGCCCUGGACAAGCCUGAGAAGCUGGUGACCCUAUGCCUAGACCAGAAAGGAGGAAACAUGGGGGGGACCAUCCCCCCUCCAAGAUGCCCCAACUCCUGCGGUCACCCCGAGGCUGCAUCAUCCUCGUCUCAAGGUGGUAGAAAUGGAGGACAGUCCCACCUGACGUUGCUGGAUACGGCCGAGAACAUUGUUCACUGUGACAUCUUAAGCUGCUGUUGCGGGAACACCAUCCAGGACGAUGGGCCUUAUCCUCCUCUCGGAGACCCAGAAGGUGCUGAAAGCAUCCAUUUUCUCAGCAAGACACAGCCCUGUCCCAGGCAGAAGCUGUCGUUCUACGAUUCCAGUGAGGAAGUGGAUAAGAAGACCCCUGAUACGGACCCUUGGCUUCCUGUCUGGACCAUAAGGGACAGCCCUCAUGGGAGCCCUCUGGCCUUGGAGCCUGCCCAGAUUGAUACCUGGAGUGUGACCGGUAACCCGAUUGAGAUCCUAGGACUCAGCCCCUCGCUCUUCAGCUCCCCGGGCAAACUGCUGCCAGAACAGAUCUUGGAGGAUGGCGUCGAGUACCUGACCGAAGCUCUCUUUGAGGAAGUGUACUUAGAUCCUGAGUCUCCAGCUUCCACCUGCAUGCCUGAAAAGUCCCAGAAGAAGGACACACUGUCUGAGGCUCCGGAAGACCCUCCUGACUCCCACAGCCUGUGCCAGCCCUUGGUCUCGCUGGACCACUGCUACCUCUCUCUGAGUGAGAACAGCAAGGCGCUGUCCAGCCCUAGCUCAGAGGACAGCGACACAGAGUUCAUGUGGACACAGCAAGAGGACAUGCGAGCUAACCCCGAGGGCUUGCAGACCUCCAGUGAUGAGGACGGAGACUAUACGUGGACCCCCACCCGGCGGGUCUCAACCCUGCCCACAGCCGGGAGAAAGGCCAGGAAGGGAGGAGCAGGCAGGGGCCCCGUGAAGCCCAAAGAGAGCAAGAAAGCCCCCGGCUCCACCCAGAUGAAGAAAAAGUGUGUCAACGGCUUCAUCAUGUUCUGCAGGAUGAACCGGAAGCAAUAUAUCCGAGCCUGCCCUGGGACCGCAUCCACGGCUGCCACCAAGGAGCUGGCCCAGCUGUGGCGCGUUAUGACCCAGCAGGAACGGAGACCGUAUUGCAUCAAGGCUCGAAGAUUCAGCCGCCAGCACAACCGCAUCGUGAAGCAGGACGGCUCCAGCAGUGACGAGGACGACUGGGAGAUGCCCAAGCCCUUCUACCAGCUGCUGGCUGAGAAGGCCCGCUGUGCCUCAGACGAGGCCUCACUGCCACUUCCUCUCCACGGGCGAGACAGGGUAACCCCCUCACUCUCCUCCCUGGUAACUCUUGCUUGAAGCCGGGAGAGCUUGUCCCUUCCCGGGCAUUGAGCCUGGCGAUGGUGAUGCAGGUCUCCGUGGCCAGUGCCCGCAGCGCCGGGAGAGGGGCGUAGUUACUGUUCCCGCUGCUGCCUUGCUCAGCAGCGCUGCCCGUCACAGCACUUCUACCCGGUGGCCCCCAGAGGACCCUCAGGGCGGGAGGGAGGAAACCUUAAAUGAAAUGCAGGGAGGUGAAGUUUAUAGUCAGGGAUUGCCCUCUGCCUUUCCUUUCCCCACCCCAGAACCAAAUGGUUUCAACCCUCUUCAUUCUCACCUCUCCCCACUCCUCCCUCCCCUGUUCUAUUUAUAAAUUAUUUAUUGUUUUAAAUGAAAUAAAGCAAGUGCAACCCUUGGCACCAGCAAGGGUGCCAAGGGGAGGCUCUCCUGCAUCUGCUUGCCCGCCCCCCACCCAGGGUGCCCCUUCUACCCAAAUCCGGACGCCUGCAGCGUGAAAGAAGCUGCCCACACCCGCCCAAGCCCCACCGCAAAUCUGAACACAAACCCUCUUCCCCUUCAGGAAGUAGCCACCAGAAAGC